AUGGCGACGUCGGCCAACACCGGCAGCCGGUCAGAAAUGGCCAGCUUAACCCUCCAAAUCCUAAACGGCCGGUGGUUCAUGGUGUUUGCCUCCUUCCUUAUCAUGUCUGCCGCCGGCGCCACCUACAUGUUCGGUCUCUACUCCGGCGUGAUCAAAGAGUCCCUAGGGUACGAUCAAAGCACCCUCAACUUGCUCUCCUUCUUCAAAGACCUCGGCAGCAACGUCGGCGUACUUUCCGGCCUUAUUGCCGAAGUUACACCGCCGUGGUUCGUCCUCUCCAUUGGAUCCGUACUCAACUUUUUCGGGUAUUUCAUGAUUUGGAUGGGUGUCACCAAACGAAUUGCCAAACCAACAGUUUGGCAAAUGUGUUUGUACAUUUGUAUCGGUGCGAAUUCGCAAUCAUUUGCAAACACCGGGGCAUUAGUGACAUGCGUAAAAAACUUCCCGGAGAGCCGAGGGGUGGUACUAGGGCUGCUCAAGGGGUUUGUCGGCCUCAGUGGAGCCAUCAUCACACAAAUUUACCACGCGAUCUAUGGGGACGAUAAAAAGGCUCUCAUUUUGCUCAUCGCUUGGCUUCCGGCUGUCAUUUCCGUGGUGUUUGUACGUACGAUCCGAAUCAUGAAAGUGACUCGACAAGCGAACGAGCUUAAAGUUUUUUAUGAUCUUCUAUAUAUAUCUCUCGGCCUUGCCGGAUUCUUGAUGAUAAUCAUCAUAGUUGAAAAAACCAUCCAAUUUCCUCGGGCGGAGUACGGUGGUAGCGCUGCGGUUGUUGUUUUCCUCCUCUUUCUACCGAUCGCGGUGGUUAUACGAGAAGAGUACAGUAUUUGGAAAAACAAAAAAGCGUCGCUAAAUGAUCCGCCACAAAUAAAAGUCGUCACCGAUAAUCCACCGGUGCCAAACACCACCGUCUCACCGCCACGAACGCCAUGGUCACCACCGAAGCAAGAAGAGGAAACCUCAUGCUUCCAGAAUGUAUUCCGGCCACCGGAAAGAGGCGAGGACUACACAAUUCUCCAAGCACUCUUCUCCAUCGACAUGUUAACCCUAUUUUUAGCGACGAUUUGCGGCGUUGGCGGCACUUUGACCGCCAUCGACAACUUGGGCCAAAUCGGAGAAUCUCUCGGCUACCCAACUCAAAGCAUUAGCACCUUCGUCUCCCUCGUAAGCAUAUGGAAUUACCUCGGAAGAGUAACCGCCGGAUUCGUAUCCGAAAUCCUUCUAAAAAAGUACAAAUUCCCCAGGCCUCUUAUGCUAACCCUAACCCUAGUUCUAUCUUGCAUCGGCCAUAUUCUGAUCGCAUUAGGCGUCCCGAAUUCGCUCUAUUUUGCAUCCGUGAUCAUCGGGUUUUGCUUCGGAGCUCAAUGGCCGUUGCUGUUUGCCAUCAUAUCGGAGAUUUUUGGCCUGAAAUACUACUCAACUUUGUACAAUUUUGGGUCGGUGGCAAGUCCGAUCGGAUCGUACUUGCUGAACGUGAAAGUGGCCGGAAACUUGUACGACAGUGAGGCAGAGAAGCAGAUGAAGGUUUUGGGGAUUGCUAGAAAGGCCGGCGAGGAUCUGACGUGUGUAGGGGUUGAGUGUUUUAGGGUGGCGUUUCUGAUUAUAACUGGUGCUACUGUUUUCGGUGCAUUUGUUUCAGUUAUUUUGGUGAUCAGAACCAGAAAAUUUUACGCCGGUGAUAUAUAUAAGAAGUUCAGAGAGCAGGCGGCGAGGGCGGAGAUGGAGGAGAUGGCGGUGGCCGGAGGUGGUGGGAAGGGAACAUGA